AUGUCGGCUGAUGCGAUAACUGACAUUGAGCUGGGACAGGUGUCCGAUCCUCGCGAAAGCAGGCCUUUCCCCCAGACCCGCCGACAACAACCCGCUCGCUUCAUCACCGUCGACAGUGUCCUCCAAUAUGCCUCCGAUGUUCCCUCGGCCCAGAACCGGCACCCUCAACGCCCGCGAGCCUUUCGAACAAACUCCGGCAGGCCGGUCGAUCCAAGACUCACCGGCCGCUAUGUCGGCCCGCAUAUGCCAUCUCGGUCUACGAAGACGUCCGAAAAGCUAGUUCUCUUGCCCGAGGCCGUCGAGGAAGAAGAAGAGAAAGGUGACUUUGGGCCUGAUGCCGACAAAGGUCCUCCUAGGGACGACGAGGAUUAUCGCAAACCCGGGAAGGAAGGUGUUAAAAGCUAUGCGGAAAGGUUGCCCAAGGCAAGACGUACGGAAAAGGAGCUUCCCCGAGUUACGGCCUAUUGCACCGCUCAAGCAUAUAAGCUGCAGUCUACGGCCACUUUUGUCCGGCAGCGACAUGGAGCCAGAGCUAAGCUGUACGAUGACUGCCUGUAUUGCGCAUAUCACCUGCCACUGUUACCAGGAAAUGAAGGUUACCGCAUCCGAAGCAGUCCGCCCGUCCAGAGCGCUAAAGGCGGCACGGUCCUGGAUGAAGAGAUUGCCCGCAGCGAGCAAAGAGACUACCGAGAACCAUAUUAUGCAGAGGAAGAGGAGGAGCAUUCUGUGAGAGGUAAUUACACGCCGGACGAGCAACCCUCUGAGUCCAAUUCCGCUGAUCUGACCGACCUGGACCGGCCACGGCUCAACGGGCAGCGGAGAGAGAGUGACCACUCACAACGAUCGAACAGUCCCGGCGCCAGUCUUCCUGCAGAUGCAUACCGCUUUGCGGAAAUGUUUGUGUUCAGCUAUGGAGUGGUGGUAUUCUGGAACUUUAGUGAAAGGCAAGAAAAAGAUGUUCUGGCCGACUUUGCCUUUGCCACGAUUGUGGACCAGAAGACCAAUAUCGUGUCGCCGAUCACCCUAACAACAAAUGCCCUGGACGAGGAAGAUUUUGAGACGGAGGACUUCCACUUCGAGUACAACAACGAGAUUUUGCGGCCACGAGUGUACAACGACAUGAUUACACUCCGCAGCGGCGACCACAUGAUUAAGCUCGCCAUCAGCCAUGCCAUUGCCCAGAGCACCAAGCUGAGUUUCUUUGAAGAAACCAUGGCUGCACAGAUGGAGGCGGCGAAAGACGUUCCUGGCAAGUUGGCCAAGACAGGAGAGCUAGGACUGAAACGAGAAGAAGUUAUCAAGCUACUCGGAGGUCUAUACAAGAGUCGAGUGGAGGUCAAUUUGUCAUCCAAUGUCCUCGACGUACCCAACCUGAUUUGGGAUAGCGAGCCUACCCUGCAUCCGCUGUACAACGCGGUACGUGAGUAUCUUGAGAUCAAACCUCGGAUCCAGAUCCUCAACGAACGUUGUCGAGUGUUCUUGGACUUGACCGAGGUCUUGUCCGACUACAUCUCUGAUGAUAAGAUGUCGCGGAUCAACUGGAUUAUCAUAGUCCUGAUCGUGAUCUCCAUCCUGGUCACAUGCUCCGAAGUGUUUCUGCGAUUUGGAAUCUUGAGCACGAGAGGCGAGGAUAAGAGUCCCCAGGCCUUGCAAGGGUCGUUGCUUGGCAGCGAGCUUUGA